AUGUCUCUCACGGCGUCGGCUUCAUUUUCAUUCACGACGACUUCCAUCGUUCCAGGUUCUGCGCCGACGGCACCGCCGCCAACCACAUCGGCUUCCAUCACGGGGAGCGGUAGCAAUGGCGCCUCCUAUAUCACAGCCAACCCUUAUCCGCCCUUGACAACACAUUGGAACCGGCCGAUGAGCUGCACAUGGACGUACGUGUAUGAUAGCGACCUGCCGGCGGGAGUCUCAGAACCCAUUGCGUAUCUGGAUUUGGAACCUCUUCCUGGUGCUUCUACUCUGUCCUGCUAUCCAGACGGCAUGUUUUACGAUGGACGCACCGGCGUGUUCAGCCCUGCGACGUGCCCCUAUGGAUGGACGACUGUGUCUCUUGCGGUAAACACUGACCAGGAUGAGGAUGAGGCAACUACCACAGCACUGUGCUGUUCAUCCGAAUACUCUUAUGCCGGCGGGCAUUGCAAGCGCCAGGUUCCUACGGUUCUGGCAGUCCCCAUUAUAUACAAUCAUACAGCUGCCACAUACGAUGUGUUGACCAACUCAACCACCACACUCUACAGCGCCACCAUUGCAGUCAACACCAUUCGGGCGCUCUUUAGGGAGCAAGAUAAGCCGCUCCUCGGCUUGACAAACGAGGAUGAUAUCGACGAUGAGCGGGAAGACGAUCGCGGACUAUCGAUGAGCGCCAAGAUUGGGAUCGGGGUUGGCGUGACACUAUUCGGCUUGUUCAGCAUUGGAGCGGCUAUUUUAAUCUAUCUGUGGAGGCGAGACCGAAGAAAAAAGGGUCACCAAAGCGGCACGUCGCACGAGCUCGGCGUUGUACAGAGGACACAGGGGCAAAUGUACGCCAGCUCGCCGCCACUGGGCUCGCAUCAACGGGCUCGUGAACGCAGUGCCGAGCCGCCUCCCGCAUACGAUUUUACCACCGAAACCAGCAGCGUCGCAGAUAACGACGGCGAGGAUGCGACCGUGGCCCGAGAUGGCCAGAUCCAGGUUCUGAUGGCGCAAAAGGCCGCGAUUCAGCGACGCAUUGACGAGCUGGAAAGGGCCUCUGGAGAUGAAAGUAGGGAUGAGCCUCGUGAGGGGUAA